ACUGCAAAUUUCAAACUCUUCCACAGCAAUUUGUCUGGAAACUUGUAAUUAUGACUUAGUUAAUGAUCUCAUUUAACAAUAGAAAAACAUAUCCUGCUUCAAAUUAUUCCUACUUCACGCCAAACAAAAAAUGGAAUUUACAACAGCUAGAUUCUCUCAAUAAACUUCAUUAAGGAAUCAAUCCAAAAGUUUGAAAGCAAAGACAUAUGCACAAUUAUAUGUGAAAUGAACAAUUUUUAAAUUUACGCGAUGUGAUUUGUUUUGAAUGUUUCUUGAUGUGUUCUGAAGAUUUGGUUUACCAACGAGCCUUUGCAGUUAGCUAUAAAUUCAUGCGAGAGCCUUGUUUUCUGCUACAUCAAUACUCAUAGAUAUAUUGCAUUAUUUCUGCAGUACCCAUUAAUCAUACAGGGCAGAGAUCAACAAGAACAUGUCAGCAAUUAGAGGUUUUGCAUCUGAAGAAGGCCUCGGUAAUAAGCUCAAGCGGGGGAUGGAUACAUAUUUUCUUUCACAUGGCUCUCCAAUGCUGGCUUUGGAAGAUAUUCCUGCAGCAGCUUUCUUCAAGGGGUGGUCAAAGGUAAUGCCAGAGAAGCCCAAGGCAAUUCUAGUAAUUUCAGCACAUUGGGACACAUCUGAACCUGUUGUCAAUGCUGUUGAGACCAACGCCACCAUCCAUGACUUUUAUGGCUUCCCUGCUCAGCUUUAUCAGAUGCAAUACAAUCCACCUGGAUCCCCAGAUCUAGCCAGAAGGGUGAAAGAACUGCUGUGGAGUUCGGGAUUUCAGACUGUAAAGGAGAGCCCAAGAAGAGGGUUAGAUCACGGUGCUUGGAUACCUCUGUCUAUGAUGUACCCAAAUGCAGACAUACCGGUUUGUCAGUUGUCUAUACAGUCAAGGAAAGGUGCAGAACAUCACUAUAAAAUGGGAUUAGCAUUGUCACAAUUGAAAUCUGAAGGAGUUCUUAUAAUUGGUUCAGGGCAGGCUACACAUAAUUUUAGGGAAGACAUAGACAUCAAUGCUAAAAGUCCUGUCUCAUGGGCAUCUACUUUCGACAAAUGGUUGAAUGAUACCCUAGCUGAUGGUAAGCAUGGGGAAGUCAUCAAUUUUGAAGAAAAAGCUCCAUAUGGGAAAAAGGCCCACCCUAAUCCUGACCACUUCUACCCAUUGCUUGUUUCUCUUGGAGCAGCUGGUGAAGGAUCCAAAGGAGAGAGAAUCCACACUAGCUGGACCCAUGGCACAUUUUCUUACUCUUCAUUUUCUUUUCAACCUUCGGAAUAGAUUAUUGCAAUAUUUUCUGUAGAAUAAUUGUUUCUUGCAAAUGCCAUUUUCAAAAAUGGCUUGGUGCAAGGUUUGACAAGUAUGGCAUUUACGUUGUAAUCUGAUUAAGGUACUUGCAGUAUAAAAAUCAUAUCUACUUUUUCUUUUA